CGGCCCCGGUACCGGAACGGAGCGGAGCGGAGCGGCCCCGGUCCGGCCCGGUGCGGCGGAGGGGCCAUGCCGAGCCGUCCCCCGCCCCGCGCUGCCUGAGCCGGGCCCGCGGCACCGCCUGCCAGAAAUGGAAACAAACAACCAUUUUAACUUCACUGGCCUUUCCUCUGCACCUGCUGCCUCAGGACCGAAACCCACGCCUGCCUCAGGGGACAACCCCUUCACCCACAGCUCCCCGCUCGGCUUCCCCCCCCAAGGGAAAAGUCUGAACGGGGGCAUGAAUGUCAAUGGCUUCUCUACUGUAUCGCACCCCGGUACUUCAGGGACAUUCCCGCCCGGCUCGGUGCCCGCCGGCUCCCAACCCCUCCGCACCUACGACUGCCUCUGGGACUACGCGGCCUACGCGCCCGCCAGCAGCCUCAAGGACGGGGGCCCGCCCGCCCUCGGACAGUUCCCGCUCAACGGCGUCGCCGGGGGGUCCCGGCCGCCGUCCCCGGGCCACGGCACCAACCUGCGGGUGGCCGGGCAGGAGUUCUGGGGCAACGGCACCGCCGGGCCCAUGGGGCUGAACUUCGACUCGCAGGAGCUUUACGACUCCUUCCCCGACCAGAGCUUUGAGCUGAUGCAGAACGGGCCCGACGGCUUCUACGCGGCGGGUCAGCCCUCGCCCAUGCUGGGCUCUGACACGCAGCCCUUCCCGCUGCCCCCGGAGGAGCCGGGCCCCGGCCAGGGAGACGCCGGCGGCGCCGCCAAGGAGAUCCCCAUCGCGGAGAACGGGGGUGGGCUGGUGGGCAGCCAGGAGCUGGAGGAGGCACAGCCAGACCUGAAGAUCUGCAGCUACAACGGGGCUGCUGCCGGCGCAGUGCCGCUCGGGCAGGAGGGGCCUGUCCUGGCCCCCGGCGCAGGCAGCGGGUGCCUGGGGGACGCGUCGCCCAUCGCCCCACGGCUGGAGGACUCCCACAUCCUCAGUGAGGACCCCCUGGAGCCCUUCGAGUCCCUGGCCAGAGACCCCGGCACCGGCGACCUCUACACCAUGGACGACUCGCAGCUGGUGAGCGACAAGUCGUCCCUGGAGGAGCCCCCCGACCUGGCUGCCAGCCCCCCCCUCCACGCCAGCCCCUUCAGCCUGCUGCCCGCCAGCCCCCCGCCCGCCCCGCUGCUCGAGGGCCCCGGCUCGCCCGCCCUGCACGACGGCAGCAGCGUCCACCUGAACAGCGGCAGCCACACGGGGCUGGGGGGGUCGGGGUCCCUGGAGCUCGACCCCCCGCUGGAGCCGGAGUCCCCGGCCCCGUCUGCAGAGGAGGAGGAGGAGGAGGAAGAGCAGGAGGAGGAGGAAGAGGCCGCCGACAGCUGCCCGGAGACUUCGGCCGCACCAGAAGGAGAGAGCGAGGAGGCGGCUCCGCUGGGCGCCUCGGCGGCAGGGGAUGUCCCUCGCCGGCGCAUCGCCACGCAGGAGGAGGUUCGCUUCCCGCUGCAGCACGGGUGGAGGCGGGAGGUUCGGAUCAAGAAGGGGAACCACCGCUGGCAGGGUGAGACCUGGUACUACGGGCCCUGCGGGAAGAGGAUGAAGCAGUUCCCAGAGGUGAUCAAGUACCUGAGCAGGAACAUGGUGCAGGACGUGAGACGUGAGCAUUUCAGCUUCAGCCCCCGGAUGCCGGUGGGAGACUUCUAUGAGGAGCGGGACACGCCAGAGGGUGUGCAGUGGGUGAGGCUGAGCCCCGAGGAGAUCCCCGGGCGCAUCCAGGCCAUCACGGGCAAGCGCGGGCGGCCCCGCAACGCCGAGAAGGCCAAGCCCAAGGAGCCACCGGCCGCCAAGCGGGGCCGGGGCCGCCCGCCCAAGGUCAGGAUGGUGGAUUUGCUGAGCAAGACGGACGCGCGGCUGCUGAAGAGGCUGGAAGCACAAGAGGUGCUCAGCGAUGAGGACAAGCUGAAAAUGAGUAAAAUCAAGAAGAAAAUGAGACGGAAGGUGCGAGCGUGUGGCUCGGGGUGGGCGCUGGGGCUCCUCGGGUCCAGGGUGGGGGUCUCCCUUGUGUGGGGGGGUCUCUGGAUCUCUAAGUGGGUCUCAUCUCCCCAGGCCAAGAACAAGCAGAAGCAGGAGGCCAAAGCCCCCAGGGCCAAGGAGACCAAGAAGAAGCCUAAGGCCAAGGAGAAGAAGGGGAAGCCAGAGAAGGGCAAGGACAAGGCUCGGCCCAAGGAGAAGAAGGGCAAGGGGGCUCGGAAGGCAGACAAGGGGCUGGUGGCCCAGCGGCGCCUGGAGGAGCGGCAGCGGCAGCAGCUCAUUCUGGAGGAGAUGAAGAAGCCCACGGAGGACAUGUGCCUGGGGGACCACCAGCCCCUUCCAGCCUUCUCCCGCAUCCCGGGGCUCGUCCUGCCCAGCCGCGCCUUCUCCGACUGCCUGACAGUCGUGGAGUUCCUGCAGAGCUACGGCAAAGUGCUGGGCCUGGACCCCACUCGGGACGUGCCCACGCUGGGCGCGCUGCAGGAGGGGCUGCUGGGGGUGGGCGCCGGGGCCGGGCAGCUGCAGGACCUGCUGGUGCGGCUGCUGCAGGCGGCCAUCUACGACCCCGGGCUGCCGCCCUACUGCCAGUCCCUGAAGAUCCUGGGGGAGAAGGUGUCGGAGAUCAGCCUGAACCGUGACACCGUGUCCGAGAUCCUGCGCUGCUUCCUGACGGCGCAUGGGGCGGGCGCGGAGCUGUGUGAGGGGCUGCGCACCAAACCCUUCCAGGCGCUGCCCCCGGAGUGGAAAGCUGCCAUCCUGGUCUUCCUGGUGAACGAGCUCAACAGCAGUGCCCUCAUCAUCAGUGAGAUCGACAAGACCCUGGAGAACAUGUCCAACUACAGGAAGAACAAGUGGAUCAUCGAGGGCCGCCUGCGCAGGCUGAAGGUCGCCCUGGCCAAGAAGACGGGCCGUCCCGAGUCGGAGAUCACGGGCCUGGAGGACGGACGGCGCCGGCGCAGCUCCCGCCUGACCGAGGACACGGGCCUGGAGAUGGAGGAGGAGGAGGAGAGCCGGGGACGGAGAUCCCGCCGGGAGGAGGAGGCCGACACGUCCGCGUCCAGCGUCCCGGAGCUGGAGCGGCAGAUCGAGAAGUUGGCCAAGAGGCAGAUGUUCUUCCGCAAGAAGCUGCUCCAUUCCUCCCAGACGCUGCGAGCGGCUUCCCUGGGCCAGGACCGGUACCGGCGGCGCUACUGGGUCCUGCCCCACCUGGGCGGCAUCUUCGUGGAGGGCGCGGAGGCGGCUGAGCCGACGCCCCCGGAGCCCCCCGAGGAGAAGGUGCCCCCCCACGUGUCCCCGGUGAAGGAGGAGCCGGCGGACGUGCCCGUCCCCAGCCGGACGAGCUGCCCGACCUCCCGCGCCCGGGGCCGGCCCAGGAAGAGCAAAGAGGAGCUGGCACAGCACUGCGGACCCCGACCCACCCCCGUCAACGGGGUCCUGGAGGAGCCGGAGCCCCUGGGGCAGAGCCAGCACGACCUCAGCCAGUCCGCCUUCCUCUCCUGGCUGAGCCAGACCCAGUCGUCCCUGCUCAAGGACUCCGUCCUCACCCCGGCCAGCAGCCCCGGCAAGGGGGACGCGGGGCUGCCGCCACUCGAGGCCCCCUCAGAUCCCACGGAGGAGGAGUUGGAGGAGGAAGAGGAGGAGAGUGCCCCGGAGGCUGUGGAAAAGCGGGGGCCCUGGUUCAACCUGCUGCCCCGGACGCCCUGCGACGACCGAGCCCCCCUCGCUACCUCCUCGGCCGAGCCCUCCCCACAAGCCCCUGCUGUGCCCCCCCGCAGCCAGACCCACGGGGACCCCCCCAAGGGCUCACCCCAGCAGCUGAACGGCCUCCCCACGGACGACCCCGCGGCUCCCCUGCUCGCUUCCACGCCGGUGCACGCCGGGCCCAGGGCCCACGGCGCCUGCCCCCGGAGCCGGGGCAACCCGGAGAAGCUCCAGGACGUGCCGGGACAGCCCAAGCGCCGAGGGCGACCCCCCACCAAAUUCUUCAAGCAGAUUGAACAGAAAUACUUGACGCAGCUGACGGAGCAGCCCGUGCCCCCCGAGAUGCAGAGCGGCUGGUGGUGGCUGCGGGACCCCGAGGAGCUGGAGGCCGUGGCCCGGGCGCUGCACCCGCGUGGCAUCCGGGAGAAGGCCCUGCACAAGCACCUCACCAAGCACAAGGAGUUCCUGCGGGAGGUUUGCCUCCGGGCCACCACCGACCCCAUCUUCCACCCGCGCCCCGAGGCGGCCGGUGCCGCCGUGUCUCAGGAAGCCCUGGCCCGGUGGUCGGUGAUGGACAGAGCCUACGAGACCGACCUCGGCGUCCUGCAGUGGGUGGAGGAGCUGGAGCAGCGCGUGCUGAUGGCUGACCUGCAGAUCCGGGGCUGGACGUGCCCCAGCCCCGACUCCACGCGGGACGACCUCCGGUACUGCGAGCACAAGGUGGAGCCGCUGGAGGACAUCACGAUCCGCUCCCGGCGGGACGGGCUCCCGCUACGCCGGGAACGCACCAACCCUCUGGAUCUGGCCGUGCUCCGUCUCCUGGCGCUGGAGCAGAACCUGGAGCGCCGGUACCUGAAGGAGCCGCUGUGGCCGCUGCACGAGGUGGUGGUGGAGAAGGCGGUGCUGAGCAGCCCCGAGGAGCUGAGCCUGGGCCCCACUGAGAUAGCCUACGAGAUCACGCCGCGGGUGCGGACGUGGCGGCAGACGCUGGAGCGGUGCCGGAGCGCGGCCCAGGUGUCCCUGUGCAUCUUCCAGCUGGAGAAAUCCAUCGCCUGGGAGAAGUCUGUGAACAGAGUGACCUGCCUCGUGUGCCGGCGCGGGGACGACGACGAGCACCUGCUGCUGUGCGACGGCUGCGACCGCGGCUGCCACCUCUACUGCCACCGGCCCAGGAUGACCGAGGUGCCCGAGGGCGACUGGUUCUGCUCUGUCUGCGUGUCCCGGGCGGGGCAGUACCGGGACCCCGUCUCGCCCCGGCGGGGCAAGAAGCGGAAACGGGGGCGUCUCGGGGGGACCCCGGAGGAGGAGGAGGAGAACCCGCGGCGCCGCCCGGCCUUGCGCCGCCGAGAGGGGCUGCCCGUGCCCCGGUACCCAGGAGAGGGGCUGACCCCCACCAAACGGAGGGGAGCGACCCUGCGGGGCCAGCCCAGCGACCUCACCUUCUGCGAGAUCAUCCUGAUGGAGAUGGAGUCGCACGAGGACGCGUGGCCCUUCCUGGAGCCCGUGAACCCCCGCCUGGUCCCCGGCUACCGCAAGAUCAUCAAGAACCCCAUGGACUUCGCCACCAUGCGCACGCGGCUGCUGCGGGGAGGGUACUCGAGCUCGGCGGAGUUCGAGGCCGAUGCCCUGUUGGUGUUUGACAACUGCCAGACCUUCAACGAGGACGACUCCGCCGUGGGCCGCGCCGGCCACGCCAUGCGCCGGUUCUUCCAGAGCCGGUGGGAGGAAUUUUAUCAGGGAAAACACGCUCCGAACCCGUGAGCGGGGGGCCAGCUGUGCCCCCCCCGUGCCCCCUUGGGGCUUGGGGUCCCCAUCACCCCACGAACUGCCUCCUCUGGAGCUGCUCUCGCUGCCUGCUGAUCCCACACGGGGGGUCUCGUCCCCCCUCACCCCCGGCAGCGUGAACGGGCCCCCCCAGCCCCGUGGCCCCUUCCCGCUGCCCGGUCUCCCCCCUCCCCCUGCCCCCAUCCUGCCCAGACCCCCCCCCAGCCCCCAGCACCACCAACUCACAGACUGUGUAAGCCAAAAAGAAAAAAAAAAGAGGUGUUUUUUUUCUUUCUUUCUUUUAAAUUAAUUUUCUAAUUAAGAACAGAAGCAGCCCCCCCCCCCACCCCCUCCCCAGAGGAGGGAGAGCCCCCACCCCCCCCAGAAUAUUUAAGAUAGCAAUAGUUUAGUGAAUGUCCGAGCACUCCUGUGCAGCGUCUCAUGCAUUAACGGCCAGUAAAGUGGACUUAGCCCCCCCUCGCCCCCCACCCUGGCCGGGACCCCCCGCCCGCUCAGACACUUUACGGGGGGGGGGGCCCCCGGUGCAGCCCCCCUGCUGCCCUCGGACCCCACCUGGCUCCAGGGACCAAACUGGGGAGGGCCGGGGGGGCCCGGCACCCCUUUCCCUGCCUCCAGUCUCAGGAAGAGCCCGGCCCCCCCCUCCCCGGCACGAGGACCCCUGGGGCUGGGGGGGGUCCUGGCCGCCCCCCUGCCCCCGACUGAGAUCCCUCAGGGACGCUACUGCAGGCCCGGGGGGGGGUCCGGCCCCCCGACCCCCCCCCCACCAUGGACUUGAAGCCUCAGGCGGGUGUUGCCCCCCCAGACCUCACUGGGCUGGGGGGGGUUGCACUGGGUGGGGAGGGGUCCCCCCCCCGGCUGGGGGGGCCCGAGUUGGGGCAGGGGUCCCCCCCAGGUCCCCCCAUGCUGUGGAUGGCCCGGGAGGGGGCCAGGACCCCCCCGGCCCCCCCCGGCCAGGUUAUUACGGGUACUCGCUCUGGGGGUUUGGGGCAGUUUUGGGGGUCCCGGCGCGUCCCCCCCGGCCCCACAGAGCACUGAAAACAACUCACCUACCUGGGCAGGGGGGUCCGGCCGCGCCCCCCGCCCCCCCCGUCUCAAAGUAGCCUUUUUUCUAUCAGAUAAACCUCAGAAACUUUUUAUUUUAUUUUAUUUUUUUGCUUUGAACUAAGAGGUGAUUUGAAGUCUAUUUGAACUGACUUUAUAUUACGCAUAAAUAUUUAUAUUUUAUCUAAAUAACUGCGCUGUAACGGACUUUUUUUGUGGUUUUAAGUCACGUUUCGGAUCCGUCAGGUUUUUGUUCUUUUUUUUUUUCUUUCUUUUUUUUUUUUUUUCCGUCGUGGGAAAGUUUUCGGAGUCUCCGUAUCGUUCUCGUGUUCGUUCAGUUGAAGUUGUCCCCCCUCCACCCCCCGGUUUGACACCCCGUUACCCCCACACCCCCCCCAGAAAGCCCCCCCUGGCUGGCACCCCCCCCUCGGGGGGGGGGGCUGGGGGGGAGCUGGGGGGGUUUUCUUUGCCCCCCUUCCCCCCCCCGGCUUGUGGCGUGGCUGUGGGAGCACCGUGUGCCCCCUCCCCGGAGCACCGUGUGUGUCCCCCCCCCGCUGCCUUUUCUAUAACCAGCCGUUGUUGUUUUAGUGACUUUUUGAUAAUUGUACAGGUUUUUGUGAAUUUAAAUUUAUUUCUUUCUAUAUUUUUAGGACCAAUCUCGUUUUUAAUAAGGUUUAGAGGGGGAAGGCGGCCCCUCCGCCCUCCUCGCUGUUGCCUGUUGAUGUCCCCCCCCCUUCCCCUCCCCAACGAGUUGUAGGACCCCAUCCCUGCCCCCCCCCCCCGCGUGUUUGCGUUCGAGAAUAAACAACUCACGUUUGAUAAAACA